AUGGACAUUGUGGAUCACUCGUCCGGCUGUCAUGAGUAUGGUCCCAUCACCAGGGUCAAUUUCAUCCCGAACCAAGUUCUUGAAGUGCCUAUCACAGACAGCAAGAAGGAGCUUCUGCACUUCUUUUUGAAUUCAAAGGCUGCCGGUAACGGAGUGAUGUGCUGCGCGGACGCUCUUAUGCAGAAAGCUAUUGAGGAAUCGAUAGCUACAGGUGAUGUUGAGUCGACAUGCAUACUGAUCAGGCUGAGCAAGCAUCGAGCUGUCAAAAGCAACCACUUUUGCUGCGCAGUCAAGUUUGGUCGCUCCCACAUCCUUCAAAUCCUGCUCGAGGAAGACAGCACAACCUUUCCCCGUGACAAUCCUGCUUUUUUGGACUGGGCGCUGUGUGAGAAAGGGAAGAGUACGUUUGGUCAGAGCCUUUAUGACUACAUGCAAGCGGACGGUUCGCUUCUAUCGAGAGGCAGAUACUCCUUUCUCCACUUCAGAAGGGGGUUGAAGAAAUAUAGGUCCGAACGCCGCACUGAGCUUCUCGAAAAGGAUGGCACUCGCUGGCUAAAUGCGGACGAGGUUAUCUGUCAGCUGAACAGGAAGUAUGGAACAGGUCGCUGA